AUGGACCACCUCCCCAAGUUUCGCAGAAAGCCAAAGAUCCCGACAAUCUCCACCGCAGACGUUAAGACCUCUCCCUCCCGAAACGGUAUCGACGAACAACAGCCGCCUCAGCAAAUAUACCCCUCCACAACCGUCACCGUCACCGGCGGCCGAUCCCCCACCCCGACCAAGCCCGGCCUGCGCAAGUCCGCUUUCCGCGGUCUACACCUGCGCAGCUCAGGCAAACGUUUACGAUCCCCUCCUCCGGCCUCCCUGCCGCAGUCGCCGCCCCCCGCGAUCGUCUCCCACGACGGAAUCACUUCGUCCCCGAGGCCAAAAGAUAAGGAUGGCAGUGGUGGUGGCGUUGGCGCUGGCAGCAAGGACGACUUGGCCUCGUCCGGGAAGAGCAGCCACGAAAGUUUCAGGCCCAAGCCGAGAAUACCGGCCUUCCUGAACCUUUCCGUACCAGAUUUAGACAAUAAGUUCCAGGAGCUUGUAUGGCAGGAACGCAACCGUCUGGCUGCCGGCAUGGCUCCCGACGCUGACGAGACCACGAAAUGGGGCUCUUACAAGCAGGUUGACAUGCGCAGAGGCCCGCAAGAUCGCUACUUCAACAUCAAGCCCUGGAACCACAACCGCAUAAAACUACGCGUGCCCGCAGAAGAGCUCGACUACGUCAACGCCUCUACGAUAUCCCUCUCUUCUCCCUCGAAUAAGGAGCUCCCUCCCUUACGCUACAUCGCGAUGCAGGGUCCGACAGAGAACUCCCUAGACUUUGUCUGGCGCAUGAUUGCAGAGCAGCUCACAGAUCCCGUCGUUAUCGUACAGCUCACCAGCUUCUACGAAAACAACCAGGUGAAAUGCUAUCCUUACCUGCCAAUGGACGAGGAGCACGAGCCCUGGGUCAUCAACGAGACCGACGGUUGGAGCGACGGCUGGAGUGCUACGCUGACCUUUGACUCUCUCCUGUCCCUGGAGAACGGCGCCAUCGAGGUGCGCAAGCUCCUGCUGCGCGUAGGCGACGAGGAAGAGGAUCGCAUUGUCUGGCACCUACUCUACACCAAAUGGCCCGACUUUGGAGUCCCCGCCGUCGACGACCUGUCCAGCUUUUUCACGCUUAUGCGUCUGUCGCGCGAGUACAACACGACCUCAGAGAACCCGCGCAUCAUCCACUGCAGCGCGGGUGUAGGACGAACAGGCACUUUUAUCACUCUGGAGCAUCUGAUGCGCGAGCUCGAUGAGGGUGCGCUCGACGACUACGACGGUGCCGGCGAGGGUGACGACCUCAUCUUUGCGACCGUCGAUGCCCUUCGCGAGCAGCGCCGCAGCAUGGUCCAGGCUGAGUCGCAGUACUUAUUCCUAUACCAGGUGCUGCGCAAGCUGUGGCAGGAAAAGUAUGAUGUCGAGGACAGUGACGGAGACAGCGAGCCCGCAGCUAAGAGGCUGGAGGUUGAGGACUCGUCGACCGAUUGA